AUGGAUGGAAACUAUCUGGUGGCUGAGAGGUUAAGUGCUUUCUUGGCUGAGUUUUAAUUCGAUUAGGAAAUACCAGGCAUAUUUAUUAUAAAUUUGAUGGAAUAAUAAUCACCUGAAGAGGAUCUCUACUUGAAAUAUAAAAAGCUUAUUAAAUACCAAAAAGAUCUGCAGUACUUUAAGGAUUAAAUCACAUAGGAAGACCACUCAACUCUACUAAAUUUAGAGUUUAGUAAGCAAAGGACAAUGGAUCUAACAAAAGUGAAUGUGAGAAUUGUUCAUCUAGCUGCAAAGCAUAACUUUAUACAACUAUUCCAUUUUCUGAUUAGAGAAGUAAAAACACCUCUUUCAAUACUCGAUAGUAUAAAUGGGGCCAAAAGAACUCCACUGAUGAAUGCUUGCUAAAAAGGACACAUUGAAUUGGUUAAGUUAUUGAUUGAAGAAGGUAAAUGUAACUCUAAAUUUGUAUCGAAUUCUGGAUCUCCUUUAAUUCUUGCUGCUGAAAGUGGUAACUUAGAAUUGUUCAAAUAUUUAUGCUCUUUAAAAGAACUUACAAUAAAUGAUCAAGAUACAGUAGGUUUAACUCCUUUAUAUGUUGCAUGUCAUACUGGAAACAAAAGCAUUGUGUAGUAUCUUUUAGAGAAUUAAGUGAAUUUGAAUGUAAAAGGCCCCAAAAACUCUAAUAUUAAUCAUACUUUAGCUGAGAGAGAUUUCCCAGAAAUAGUAGAAAUGAUUUUAGCCAAGGAUAAAACACUUAUUCUCCAGCCAGAUGAUGAUGGAAAUACCUGCAUGCAUACAGCUAUUCUUUGGUCUGGAAUGAGAUUGGUUCAAGCAUUAUUUGAAGCUGGAGGGGAGGAAUUAGUAAGAAUGAAAAAUAAUGAAGGAGUGGAUGCCCUAGAAAUGGCUUAGGAAGAAAACCAACAAGAACCUUAUAAGUACCUAUGUGAUAAGCUUGGAGUUAAAGAAUAAUGGACAUGUAAUAUUUUUUGA